AUGCAGAUGGUGAACCAGUACCUCUGCCUCAGCCUCAGCAGCAGCCAGCCCCGUCCCGCAGGUGUUCGAGAUCAGCGUCGAGAUAUUUUGGCGCGUGAUCACGGGCCUCCGGACGAAGCUCAAGGUCCUGUUCCACGAGAUCUUCCUCCCAAUCCUCGAGAGAAGACGUCGACGCUGAAGCAGAAGGCCACCAUCUUGGGUAUGCUGCCACGCCUUUGUCACGAUCCGCAGGCGCUCGUCGAGAUUUAUCUCAACUAUGAUUGCGACAGCCAAGUCGCAGACAACAUCUACGAGCACCUCAUGAACAUCAUCACCAAGAUCGGCACCAGCACGCUCCCGUCCGCCGCACAGCAGAACCCGGCGGACCCUGCGAGCCCCGCGCUGACACCCACGAGCAAGGUACACGCGCCGGGCAUCCCGCCGUCACUCGUGACGUCCGCCGUGGCCGUCUCAGGCUCGCUCGACACAUCCGCGCUCGGCCACUCGGAGCAGCAGCUCUGCCGCCAGAGCCUCGAAUGCCUCACUGCCGUGCUACGCUCGCUCGUCGCGUGGGGCACCACACCCGACUCGGCGUUGGCCGCGGCCGCGGCGGGUGCAUGGUGCGCCAGCGUCGGCGAGGACGGGUGCCCUGAGGGAUUGACGCCCGACGCGUCGCAGUCGCUGGAUAGGCUCCCGACGGGUGGCCCGAGCGCGGAGGCGACAAGGCAGCCGAUGCCAGAUAUCCACGACGACCCGGGCCGGUUCGAGAGCGCGAAGCAGAAGAAGACGAUGUUGCUGGAGGGUGUCAAGAAGUUCAACCUUAAGCCGAAGCGAGGCAUACAAUUUUUGCUCGAGACGGGGUUCAUUCCGAGUAAGGCGCCGCAGGACGUCGCGCGGUUCUUGUUGCAUACCGAUGGGCUGAGCAAGUCGAUGAUCGGUGAGUACCUCGGCGAAGGGGACGAGGAGAACAUCGCGACCAUGUACAUGUUUGUCAACAUGCUCGACCUGCGGAACAUGCCCUUCGUCGACACGCUGCGCGUCUACCUGCAGGCGUUCCGCCUGCCCGGGGAAGCGCAGAAGAUCGAUCGGUUCAUGCUCAAGUUCGUCGAGCGCUACAUCGAAAGCAAUGCGAACACACCGUUCGCGAACGCCGAUGCGUGUCCCGCGCGCUGCUCAUCCGCGCGCGCGUCUGACCCGCCACGGCCCCGUGUGAGGAAGCGCAUGACGCGCGCAGACUUCGUGAAGAAUAACCGCGGGAUCAACGAGGGCGCGGACCUCCCCGAGGAGGUGCUGUCCGCUAUCUUUGACGAUGUCGUGAACAAUGGGAUCCGGAUCAAGGAUGAGGUGGACUCGAGCCUGGUCGCGUCGCUCGCGCCGGGUGCGGGGCUGGCGAGCGCGCUCGCCACGGUCGGGCAGGACUUGCAGAGGGAGGCGUUUAUGCUGCAGUCGAAUGGCAUGGCGAACAAGACCGAGGCGCUGUCCAGGACGAUGAUGCAGUCCCAGUGCAAGGGUUCGCGGAGUGGCGAUCAGUUCUUCAUCGCGUCGCACUUCAUACACGUCUGGCCCAUGUUCGAGGUCGCGUGGAUCCUGUUCCUCGCGGGGAUCUCGGGCCUACUGCAGGAGACGGACAACCUGGAUGUCGUGGAGCUCUGCCUCGACGGCUUCCGGAAUGCGAUCCGGAUCGUGUGCUUCUUCGACCUCGAGCUGGAGCGCAACGCGUUCGUGACGACGCUCGCAAAGUUCACGUUCUUGAACAACCUCGGGGAGAUAAAGACAAAGAACAUGGAGACGGCCCAGACGCUUCUCGACGUCACAGUUAUGGAGGGCAAUAACCUCAAGGGCUCGUGGCGCGAGGUGCUCUCGUGCAUGAGCCAGCUGGAGCAUAUGCAGUUGAUCAGCAGCGGCGUUGACGUCCUGGAUGCGCGCAAAGGUUAUGUCGCGCGUGCUCCGAUCGUGUUUGCGCGCACACGAAAGCUGCCCAACGAGGAGCUGGCGAAUGAGAGUAGAUCGGCGCACAUCACCGUCGCGGUGGACAUGACCCCUGCUCCUGUACUUGUGCCGCUCGGGUAUAUCAUGAGAGACUUUACGCAUUCCUACCUCGCAGCCUUCCAAGUUUCAACUCAGUCGGUCGGAUUGGCAAGGUCCCACGGCGCCCUCUAUGUUGUUAGCAACACGACAGCUCAAGCAACUCGGUAUUUUAGUAGAAGAUUGUCGUUGUCCCUACAAGAACCUUUUGCACUCCAGCUUUCAAUGCCUUCCGUGUCACAGGAGUGCCUCAAUGCCCUCGCCUCCCGGGUCAAAUCUUCACUCAAGCUCUUGCGCACGCUCAAAGUUCAACAGGCUGCUGCGCAGAGCACCAUCUCCAUGCUCAAGUCGAAGGUUUCCUCGCUCGGGUCACUCGCCCAGGCAUCCUAG